CUCAUUUGUUAUUGUUAGCUUCCGUGUGAAAAAGCUCGCGUGUAAACCUCUGUAGUGUCCAACCUUGGCACAAAACUGCAACCUCUAUGGUGUUAAAAGAACAACACGUCACCAUGGCAACCGAAAAACAACGCGGGAAACUGAAGUCAGCUGUCAGACCGCUGCUAGCUGUCGAACUGACGUACUGCGACCAGUAAUUUUGUAAAUAUUUACCCAAAAUGUCUCAAUCGCAUCAACGGAGCAAUGUGAGUCAAAACUCGACAAUAUAUUUCAGUCACGCGACGGACUCCGUCGAGCAGUUGUCGGACGCUGGACUGCAUAAGUUGGUGAACACAAUGAAGCUGCAGAACAGAGUGCUGACACUCGAGAAUGAGGUCCUCGAGAAGACCAUUACAAGACUAGACCCGAGUAUGAUGACCGGUGUGAACCAAGCGCUGGAGUACGCGGUGAAAAUCCAAUCACUAUCGCCAACCACAGCUGGGAGCUUCUUGAAGUCACAGACGUCGAAAUUCUCUGUUUUGAACAGCCCUUCUAGAGCCUUCGUCUCUAGUCCUUCGAAAUUAUCGACAAGACGCGUCGAGUCUUCCGCCAGGUUCGGCGCAAGCACGGGUUUCGCCGCCGUUCGAAUCAAUAUUCUAGAAAAGUCUGAACUAGUAUCCGAAGAAGUGAGAAUCAUUGUCAGCCAGUUAGAAAGCACUAGAGCUGCGGCAGCUAAACGCCAUGCAUUCCUGAAGGCGCAGCUAGAAGAAAUAGACCUCCGAAUGGAAGAUAUACAGAAAGCUACGGAAAGGUUCAACCAGCACGUAGUGAUUGAGGGCUGGGACAAGAUAGCUCACAGGAUACCGGCAGAAAUAUGGAUCCGAUUCAUGACGGAAGGGGUUAAAAUAGCUGACAGUCAAAUUGGUAAACUCAGACUGAGGACGAGCACCCUGAACGCCCAGUACAGCAAACUGAAAAGCCAGAUUAAAGUGAAAGAAGAAUUGAGUGAGCAACUGAGGCCAGUAGACUUUGAGAAGAUAAAAAUUGAAAACAGCGUCUGUGUAGAAAUUAUAGAGAGCAAAAAAGUACAACUGGGAGAGCUGAAAAAGUUGACCGGUGACGCGAAUUUGAACCUUACAGUGCACAAGAAGCAGAUGCUGAAGCAGAAUAACUAUCUGAAUAAAAUUCUGAAGACGAUAGAUAAAAAGAAAAAGCAUACAAUAGCUAUAGACAAAGAAACAGACUUAAUAAGAGACCAAGUUGAGAAAUUAGCUCUAGAUUUGAAUGAAAUAAAAAGUUUACGACAAGAGUAUGAAGUUCCAGAUAUACUCGACUAUGUCCACGUGAAGGAUGAGCUAUCGGAUCUAAAACGCAGUAUAAAAGUUCUCGAAAACAAACAUCAUAUUCAAGAAAUUGCUCUUACAUCUUUGCAUAAAAAAAUACGAACACGGAUUGGUCACGAUUGAUUGAAGUGUGUGAUAUUGAUUUUUGCCAUUAAAUAUAUUAGAUUUGCCGAAA